AUCAGCUUGGCCCCGAUGCCACUGUCGUUAGAAUUUUAUGGAAUUUAUGGUAUUCAACACACACAGGCAUACACACAAGCGUUUAUUUACAAAAAAAAAUAUUAAAAAAAAACUCUAAAAACAAAAGAAAACCAAUCGAACGGGAAAAAAUCAAGUCCAGUAUUUAGUCCGUUGAAUAAAGAGUUCGCUGCCGCGUCAUCGCAUCAUCGGAGGACCAAUCCGUGAAAGUGAUCCGUAGCCACAGGACGUAGUCGAACCAAGAAAAGGACACGAAAAAUUCACAGGUUUAAGUUCAAGGAUAUACGGGGACUGACCGACAUAAAGAUAAAGAUAAAGAGAGAGACAUAGGGAUCCGGAGAGAAUCGGAUCUCAUACCAAGUGCCAGGAGCCGGAAACCGGAAGCGGCAGCUGCCUCAAAAUCCAAAUUUGGAAUAUCUUUUCCACUUUUCUUUUUGAUAUUUAUUUCUAGUCAGCUAGGAUGGUCAUCAAUCUAAAUCCGGCCACUGCCAGCGAUUACAAUGCGAGUGGCAAUGGAGGCGGCGAUGGUGUAGGAAAUGGCGGAGUUGCCGUUACCGCAAGUGCCAACGUUAUUGACGGAACUGGAACCGGAAACGGAAGCGGAAGCGGAGCCAGUGACGGCAGCAGUGGAGCCGGAGGCGGAGGCGGAACUGGAACGGGAACCGUAAACUUAAACGGAAAUGAUAACGGCGGUGAAAACUCGGAAUUAGCAAACGAAAACCAGAACGGAAACGGAAACGGAAAUGGCGGCAGCGGCAGCGGAAGCGGCACCAAUAUAAUGGGCAUCAUAACCCAUGCGAUUUUCAACGGUAUCAUCUAUCUGCAUGUGAUCUAUGCCGGCGAGGAUUACUCCAAAUGGAUCACGCUGGACGAGGCGAUGGCCUUCUGUCCCAGCGGCGUCGUGGCCUACACGACCCUCCAGAUCUCCGAGGUGUACGAUGUGCCCAUGGAGCUGCUCUUUGAUUAGGCCCUUCGCCCCACCUGCAACCGUCUUUUGUGAGGAGUGGAAAAGUGGAUGAGCUUGGAUAUAGAGUGAUAUACAUGUACAGCAGCUGCGGCUUUUGGCAAUUGGCAUUUGGCAAAAUUGAAAAAAAAACGUUAAGUGGAGAAGAAGUCCCUCAGGAAUAUCCAUUGGGUAAACCAUUAGAAAAUCUGCAAAUGUUCGAACGAUUUUCCACAAAAAAAAAAAAAAAAAAAAAAGAAA